AUGGACGUCAAGACAGCGUUUCUUAACGGCUCCCUCAACGAAGACAUCUACAUGGACCAGCCGGACGGAUACCUGGAUGCAACACAGCCGGACUAUGUGUGCAAGCUAAAGAGAUCACUCUACGGCUUGAAGCAAUCGCCUCGCAUGUGGAACCAAACAAUCGAUGGGUUCAUGAUCAAGAUGGGAUUCAAGAAGUGCGAAUCGGACCACUGCAUCUACAUCAAGCGAGACGACCAAGACAUGAUUCUCGUGGUGCUCUACGUCGAUGAUCUCAUCCUGGCCAGCAGCAACAACGAACUCCUCAAGUCGACCAAGAUGGCGCUGAGCAAACGCUUCGAAAUGACGGAUCUCGGUGAGCUCGAUUACUUUCUCGGCAUGGAGAUCAAGAACGACCGUAAGACGGGAAUGGUGACUGUGCAACAAACCAAGUUUCUCAAGUCCGUGUUGACCAAGUUCGGAAUGGAUAACAGCAAGCCAGUGAAGACGCCUCAAGAUCCCGGCCUGAAGCUAACCAAGAACAUGUGUGAACAAGAAUGCAAGCACGAAGACACCAUGUGCAACGUGCCAUAUCGAAGUGCUGUCGGAGGCAUCAUGUAUCUCAUGGUCGCCACACGUCCGGAUCUAGCUGCUGCAGUGGGAUCAUUAUCCCAGUUCUCGUCCGACCCAUGCCCGACUCACUGGCAAGCUUUGAAGCGUGUGCUGAGAUACCUGCAAGCAACGCCCAAUCAUGGUCUUGAGUUUACACGUGAAGAAGGAAGCCGUAUCUGCGGGUACACCGACGCAGACUGGGCCGGCGACAUUGAGUCAGGACGAAGUACAAGCGGCUAUGUGUUCAUGAUGAGCGGAGGAUGCAUCAGCUGGAAAAGCCAGAAACAACGGACGGUCGCGCUAUCUUCAACAGAAGCAGAAUACAUGGCGCUUUCCGAAGCAACCAAAGAAGCAGUAUGGCUCAAAGUGCUUUUGGGGGAACUUGGUGAGAUGACAAGCGACGAAGCGAUCAAGAUGUAUGAAGACAACCAAGGAUCAAUCGCUCUCGCCAAGAACCCGGAGUUCCAUAAGAGAACAAAACACAUCGACAUACGCUACCAUUUUGUGCGUGAGAAGGUGGAAUCAGGUGAAGUCGUUUUGGAGUAUUGCCCGACUCAAGAUAUGCUGGCAGACAUGAUGACCAAGCCGAUCGCCGCUGUACAAUUUGAAAACAUUCGCGAUCGACUUGGGAUCCAAGGUGCCGCAGCUAACGAGUCGAGAGGGAGUGUUGAAAAGACAGCGGCUGUGAAGAAGACACCUCGUCAAGCUGCGUCAAGUGUUGAAGCAAGUGGAAGACCAAGCUUCGCUAUACCGGUGGGUACCGGUAUGUACCAGUAA